AUGUCUGAAAUCAGGAUAAGUUCUACGAGUUGGUUAGCUAUUUAUUUACGAAAUGGUAGUGUUGCUAUGUUCGAUUUAAAUGAUACAUCUUCAUGGCAAUGUCUUCAAGUUGAAACGAUUGAAGAACAAUCAAAAGAUGUUAAUGAUCUCAAUUAUCUUAAUCGUAAUUUAAUAAAAUUUAGUCCAAAUGGAGAACUCUUAGUUGUGAAUGGGCAAAAUAAACAAUUAUAUAUAUAUAUUCAAUCGAAUUUUGAAAAAACCGAAGUCUGGUGGCAAUUAAAAACCACUGUUUGUGUAAAAAAUUAUAUUUUUGCUUUAGAUUUAACUAAUGAAUUUCUACUUAUUGCUGAUAAAAGUGGUGAUAUUUUAAAAGUUGAUUUAUUAUUUAAUAGUAAUAGUAAUCUUAUUGUGACAGUUGAUAAUAGUAUUUUGAGACAUUCAUCUAUGUUACUUGAUAUUGCUUUUAUACAUACAAAUGAUAAAAAAUCAUUUAUAUUAACAGCUGAUCAACAAGAAAAAAUUCGUUGUAUUCAUUAUCCAAAUAUUUCUCAUAUUGAAAAAUAUUGUCUUGGUCAUACAGAAUUUGUAUCUCAUAUUAAAUUAAUUGAUAAUAAUCAUAUUCUUUCAGCAUCAGGCGAUGGAACAUUCCGUCUAUGGCGUCUUCCUGACUGCACACCACUUGUUUUAUUACAUUCAAAAGCUCUUACAUUAUCAUCAAAACAAAUGUUUUAUACUCAAUUGUACAAUCCAAGUAGCUCGAUAUCACUAGAAGAUUAUCAAAAAGAUACAAUGCCACAAGAAUCUUCAUUAUAUUUAUCUUCAACAUUAGAUUAUUCGAUUUGGAAAAUGGAUGUUGCUUCUUAUAGUCCAAUGAAUUCAAAUGUUUAUAUUGCUUUUUCUAUUUAUGCUCAUCGAUUACAUUCAAUUUAUUUAACAAGUUUAUCAAAUAUAAAACAAUUAGCUAAUGAACAAUGUCAAUUAAUAUUUGAUUCAAGUUAUGGUACAAUUGUUGAUUAUUGUUUUCCAUCAAAAAAUAAUUUAUUUGAUGAUUAUACAAUAUAUUCAAAAUGCAAUUUAUAUGUUGUAUUUGAUAGUAAUGUAUUAGUUAAUGUUAAUAUUCUUUCAAUACUUUCAUCUAAUCAAACAAAAUUAUAUGUAAAACCUAAUCAAAAAAUUCAAGAAAUUAAUAAUAUAUUAGCUAGUAAAGAAUUUCAUUUAAUGAAUUAUAUGAAUUAUAAUAUGAAAACAGAUGAGGUUAUAUUUCAAAAAUUAUUUAAAAAUUCUAAUAAUAAUAAUAAUAAUAAUUCUCAUUAUAAACGUAAAAUUGAAAUAGUUGAACAACAACAAAAAUCAAAAAAAAAGUCAUCAUCACCUAGUGACGACGAGUUUUAA